AUGAACGUAGAAAAGCUAAAGAAGAUGGUCGGUGCUGUUCGCACCGGUGGGAAGGGUAGCGUUAGAAGAAAGAAGAAAGCGGAUCAUAGAACAAACACAACAGACGACAAAAGGCUGCAAACCACUUUAAAAGGAAUAGGAGUAAAUUCAAUACCAUCAAUUGAGGAAGUUAAAAUCUUUAAAGAUGAUAUUGUUAUUCAUUUCUUGAACCCAAAAGUUCAAGCUGUUGUUGCUGCCAAUACUUGGGUCGUUAGCGGCUCUCCGCAAACAAAAAAAUUGGAAGAUUUUUUCCCGGGCAUUUUGGAUCAGUUGGGCUCCAAUGCUUUGUAA